GGCGGGCACCUACCACACAGCGCUAGCCUUACUUGAGUAGUACUUGGGUUUAGUUGGCGCACCACCCACUAGCGAGCACCAACCAGGCUUGCUUGGGCCGUCCGCCGCCGCUGUGUGUACCCACUAACCCACCUGUGUCUAGCCUGGUUCCAGCGCCCUCCCUUCCAUCCAAGACCUCCCUCGCUUUUCAUUUCUCCCUGCCUUUCGCACACCCGCCUUUAUUCUCAACCUCGAGUCCUUCUGUUCUCUUUCUACACACCACCCAUAGUCCUUUGUUCUGCCCGCCUACAACGAAAUACCAAAGAAGCAGACAAAAGACGACACAACACAAAGAAGAACAACAUCCUAUAUUUAACCGCCGAAACCAUGUCGUCGCCAUGGAAGAAGCAACCCGAGGAGGUGGUGGACAGCGUGCUCAAGCGUGCAGAAGUUGGCAAGAUUACUCGCCGACUGCAAAACCGCCUAGCACUGGCCCAGUUCAAGACCAAGCACGGCUGGGAGGACGUUGCCUUUGACACUCUCGAGCCGCGAGUCGAAGAAGAAAUCCGACGCAAGAAAUUAUACGAGGGCGAUGUGCUGUCCGACUCGUCGUCGAGCGCAUCCGACCUGCCAUACCCCAACCGCACACUCAUGAGCUCGCCGCUCAAGGCACCGCUCUUUUCCGAUGCCAUCGGCUCCAGCAACGGCAGCACCGGCCACCGCAAGCGCACAUACUUUGCAACCUUUGACCGCGCAUCUGCAAGCCCUACCAAGCGAUUCCGAGGAUCGCCAACCGCUCACAAGUCCUUCUCCAACUGGAAGGACAGCCACCAGCUGGCGCAGUCGUCACCCAUCAAGGCCCGCCGCCAGCAGCACUUUACCACAUCAGCCGGCCCUGAUGUGUCCUUUUUCCGCCAGCGCAGAAUGACAAAUGAGUUCACCUCGCCAAACUUUGCUGCCGUCUCUGACGACGACGAGGAGCUGCUCCCCGCUCACUCCUUUGCGACCACCAAGCUUCGCUCAUCCCCGCCUCGCACUCCUGAGAUGCCCAGCCGCACACUACCGGGCAAGACAGCACCAGCAGAUGGUGCUGCAGCAGGAGCAGGAGGUAAGACGGGUGAAGAGGGCGCUGACCUGCUUCUGUAUCUCGCGGCAUCGCCGUCGCCCGCUGUCAAGUCGAACCGCGGCCGCAUGGAGCGCCUCUCAACACCGCCUCCCAAGACCAACAAGCUGGAUCUGCCCUCGUCCAUGAUGAUGACUCCUGGCGGCGGCAACCUCUUCCCCAACACGCCUGGCCAGGGUUUCGACUUUGCCGACUUUGUCAACAUCACACCAAGCCCUGCACAGAAGCCAUGGAAGACACCAGGCCCAACAUCGUCAGCCCGCACGCCCCUCAGCGUAGCACGCCGCCGCCUCACGUUUGACGAGCCGAUUGCCUAAGAAAAAGGCCUUCUUUUUUACAAGUAUUCAUUACCUACGCUUUCACACAUCGACUUAUUUUUUUCUCAUUGUAAUCCUGCUUGUCGACGCCUCGAAAAAAUUCCUCACACCACCCACGUACCCCCACGCCCUCACAAUCACAAUUUUCUACUACUUUGUACAUGAUACCACGAGACUCCAGUACAAAAAUUGGAAGCUAUGCACUUUACGUCUACUCCCUCUUUUGUUUCAUCUUCUCAUCGACGCUCCUUUUCGACACCAAAAAUUUCCCCAUUGGGGGAAAGAAAGACAUCUUUUUUAUAUUCUUACUUGCGACAUAUUUCAAACGGGCCUCGGUUCUGGAAACCUUGAUACGGACGGACGGACUCUUUGGGGCUAGCACAAAAGCUGGACCCCUAGAAAGAGAGAUAUGCUAUGAUCUUUUUGUUUACCGGUUAUUGUUUUGUCCUUUUAAUUUCUUACUUGUUUGUUGACUUGCUUGUUUGGAUCUUGUUGUUGGCCUCGGACUACGGCCGAACGAUUGUGGACAUCGUCACACAUUUUUUUCUCACCCUCCAUCAGAUCGGCACCAUUUUUUACUGUUAUUACUACUACUUUUUGUCUUGCUGUUACUUAGGUAAAUUAGAAACUCAGUAAAGAAAUACCAAACUUUUGGUGUACCGCCUAUUAUAUAUCAAGAUACCUACCUCUUUG